UGUGAACAUCACUAGACUGUGUUAGAAUUAUAUGAAGUAAGAACCAAGUGAUAACGUUAAAAUACACCUUAUAACAUGUACCGUUUAUCACUACUGUUAUUCGCCGACGUAUCCACUUGGAACCUUGGAUUGUUGUGAAAAUUUCCCAUAGUGUUUUUCUCUAAUGGUGCUAAAGUUUUACUCUAAAUUAAUUGUUACAAGUUAUCUUAAUAUAAAACUCAUUUUCUUGUUACAAAAUCGUAAUUUUUCAAAUUUUUUGUUUAAUAUUUGUUUAAUAAUGUAUCGACAGACCAGUUUAGAAACCAUUUUAAUAUUCAUGAUCUUGUAGUUUUAGAUCGAGUAAUGUUAAACCUACAAUGUAAGUAAAUUUAUAUGAUGUACUGGUUAGGUUGGACAGAAAAUACUUACGUGAAUUACAGUUCUUAUUAAAAUGAGUGAUCAAGCUCAAAAAUUAUCAGGUGAUAAUAAUGAUAUGAACUAUAAAAAUUCGUUUUGGAAAAAAAAUAUUAUUAAUCUUCCUGGCAGAGCAAGCCCAAGAAAGGAUAAUAAAUCGGCAUCCUCUUCUGGUUCUACUUCUUUUGAUGAUUUUCAAGAAAGCGUCAAUGAUGCAUGGGAAAUAGAAGCAGAAGAUGAAAUUUUACGCUUAUCAGAUGUUAAGAUAUCAAAACGUGUAGCCCAUUCAGCUGCAGUUAAUGUUAUAAAUAAUCAUAAAGCGUCAAUUGAAGAAAUUCAUAAACCUACAAAUUUUAAUUCUGAAAAACAAGAAAUAUCUAGCUUAUGUAAAAGUAAAGAAUCUCGUAAUGCACAAAGUAAAAUUGAGUUUUCAAACUCUGAUGUUGAUACUAACAAGCUUACCAAAUUUCAAACAUUAAUAAAUGGUAAUCUAUUACACUUAGAAGAACUGAAAAAGUUAAGCUGGUCUGGUGUUCCUGUUGAAGUUCGUCCAAUGACUUGGCGAUUACUAGCAGGUUAUUUACCCACUAGUUCUGAACGAAGGGAACAAGCUCUUAUAAGAAAACGUGUAGAUUACAUAAAUCUUGUAAAAAAAUAUUAUGAUACUGAUAAAGAUGAAGUGUAUAAAGAUACAUAUAGACAGAUUCACAUAGAUAUUCCACGUAUGAGUACACCUUUGUUUCAACAAAAAACUGUCCAAGAAAUGUUUGAGAGGAUAUUAUUUAUUUGGGCUAUUAGACAUCCAGCAUCUGGUUAUGUUCAAGGAAUGAAUGACUUAGUCACACCUUUUUAUGUAGUUUUUCUACAAGAAUAUUUAUCAUUAGGUGUCAAUAUUGAAACACUAGAUGUUAGUUCAAUCCCUAAAGAGCAUCGUGAUGCUUUAGAAGCUGAUUCAUUUUGGUGUCUAUCAAAAUUUUUAGAUGGAAUUCAAGAUAAUUACAUUUUUGCUCAACUUGGUAUUCAACAAAAAGUCAAUCAAUUAAAAGAGCUUAUACAAAGAAUUGAUAGAACUUUGCAUGAUCAUCUUAUGAAACAUGGCAUUGACUACUUACAGUUUUCAUUUAGAUGGAUGAAUAAUUUAUUAACACGUGAGUUGCCAUUACGAUGUUCUAUAAGACUGUGGGAUACAUACUUAGCUGAAUCAGAUUGCUUUGCGACAUUUCAACUGUAUGUUUGUGCAGCAUUUCUUUUAAAUUGGCGUCAAGAAUUGUUAGAAGAAAAAGAUUUUCAAGGACUAAUGCUUAUGCUGCAAAAUCUUCCAACGCAAAAAUGGACUGAUGCUGAUAUAAGUUUACUUGUUGCAGAAGCAUAUCGAUUAAAAUUUACAUUUGCCGAUGCACCAAACCAUUUGGCAACCAAAAAAUAAUUGUUGAGUAUUAAAUAAUCUAUGACACUUGUUAAAACUCCUGAUCGUAUUUUAUAGUAUUUGACAAAUAAAUGUGUGUGUUCUAUAUCACACAUUACUUAGUUUUAUUGAAUUUUUAAAUUAUUAUUAUACAAAAAUUGUUUAAAUUAAUAUAAAAAAUUCUAUUUCUUUGGAAAUUACCUCAAUUAUUGAUUAAAGUUUUAAAAUAUAUGGAUGUGUCAUCUAUUUUCAUACACAUAUUGGAUGUAAACAUGAACACUCAUUUAUUUUAUAUAGCUGUUACAAAUAUGUACAGCCAAAUUAAGUAUUUUGUAAAUUUAUUUAUGUUUUAAUUAAAUUAAACAAUAUUAACUGUAUUAUUGACAUAUGUCACAAUUUACUUAGUCUAUAAUCUUGUUAUUGUUCACCCCAUACAGGGUUCAAAUAUUUAUUCUACUAUUAUUGUGCUGUAAUUAGUUAUUAUAUAAAUAUUUUGUGCUAAUAAAAAAAAAAAAAUUCUAAUUCUAACGAUGUUUAGGUUAAGUUAUUAUUCCGAACAUCAUUUUACGAACAAAUAAAAUAUUAGUUCAUUGAUU